AACCUCUUUGAUUGACUCAUGCAGUGUGAGGACAGUGACUACAAUAUAUAGAACUUUAGAGGUACUUGAAGCAGAUUUAACUAACAAACAAAAAAAACCAUUGUUCCCAUACAUCAGCAAGAAUAGACGAAGAAAAAUAAAGGGCUUUUCGUUACUUCGUUAGUGAUUCAGGUUCAGGUGUGUGCACAAUAUAAGUAGGGUAGUAGUUAAAGCGCACAACCGCUUUAUACGGGCAACGGACUCCGAUAUAAAAUUAAUUUGCAAAUAAAUUUGCAAUCAUCACACUCUUACAUACACCUGUACCGACAAAUUUUUAGUAAACUUACUCAGAGGAAUAAGAUAGUUUACCACAGCAAAUCAAGCACACAUACACUACCAUAGUAUUGUAAUAAGCAUCAGUUCAGUAUCCAACAGAAUGGCGAAGAAGACGUACGAUUUGCUGUUCAAGCUACUGCUCAUCGGCGACAGCGGAGUCGGCAAGACCUGCAUACUUUUCCGAUUCUCCGACGACGCCUUCUCUACGACCUUUAUCUCCACUAUUGGUAUAGAUUUCAAAAUCAAGACUGUCGAAUUAAGAGGAAAAAAAAUAAAACUACAAAUCUGGGACACAGCUGGUCAAGAAAGAUUCCACACCAUCACGACAUCCUACUACAGAGGUGCAAUGGGUAUAAUGCUAGUUUAUGAUAUAACAAAUGAAAAAACCUUUGAAAACAUAGUUAAUUGGUUGAGAAACAUUGAUGAGCAUGCAAACGAAAAUGUAGAAAAAAUGAUUUUGGGAAACAAAAGUGAUAUGGAGGAGAAACGUGAAGUGAGCACUGAAAGGGGCGAAGCAAUAGCGCGUGAACAUGGCAUCCGGUUCAUGGAAACGUCGGCAAAGGCCAACAUUAACAUUGAUCGAGCCUUCCGUGAACUAGCCGAGGCUAUCCUUGAUAAGACCCAUGGCAAAGAGAUACACGAUGCGCCGGACCGCGUCACCGUUGACCGAAGAGUCGACCGAACGACUAGGGGUUGUUGUUGAAUCUUCCCUUUACCGAAGAUUUAACAAUUCAUUUAUUUGAGUCAGAGUCGUCUUAUACUGCUGCUGCGUGUGCGUUUAUACAAAUGAGAAAGACCGAUGUAUUCUGUAAAAGAUCGUAUUUCAUCUUUCUCUAAAUAUACUUAGCUCAUUGUUCUUUUCUGUCGGAUCAUUUUACGCUAGAAGAUUCGAUUAAUGGUUGACUGUACCAGAAUCUCAGGAGUUACAAAGAGUAGAACUUUUUAAAUAUUUUUUUCAUAGAAUAUUAAAUUUAUAUAGGCUUAGUAAGUGUAGAACUGUUUAAACUCGUGUUUUUACUUUAAGUUCAGAAGAAAAUUGAAAAAUAUUAUUGAUUUGCUCAUCUACGUAUGUGUAUAUAUGUAUGUGGCGUCUCACAUCUCUCGCG